AUGGAUCAUGAGAUAUUGCCUACUAAAGUUAAAAUUGCUUUUAUUCAUAGUGGCUUGAGUCAAGGUUGCCUCAGGUGUGGUGCCGAGUUUGAGACUCUAGUCCAUGCCCUUAAAGACUGCCCGGACUCAAGAGCCACCCUUAUGAUUGGCAAUUUGGAUAGCAGCAUUCUUACUAAGGAGUACGAUAGGGGUUUUGAAUGGUUGGAAGAUAUGAUAAGAAUUCUUAACAAAAAAGUGAUGGCAGACUUCAUGACCAUCUUGUGGAAUUGUUGGAACAACAGAAACAAUAGAGUUUUCAGGGGUAAAGAAGAUAAGGCGAUGGAUGUAUGGAAUAAGGCAUGUGUGCAUAGCAAUGAUUUUCAAACCCAUAACCGGUUAAAUGUGCCUAUUUUAUCUACCCAAAUCAUUGAUAGAAAAUGGGUCAAACCCCUGAAAAACUGCAGUAAAAUUAAUUUUGAUGCGUCUAUUGGGAACAACAGAACUGGUUUUGGGGUUAUUGUAAGGGAUGAUGAUGGCUUUUUUUGGGUGGAGAUGGUGGCUUCAAAGAUGUACAGCUUUCAGAUAAGGAGGUUGAAUGGGUAG